UUACCACUACUCUGUCUCACUCUGGCUUUACGUCGCCCUGGUUGUGUACAUGAAACUACUUGGAAGCCAGUUUUGCAAGUCUCAUUUGCAGCAGGUCUAAUGAAAUUCUUCAAUUGGGAAUGGAUGAAGUAAAGGAGUUUGUUGAAAGGCAAUAUUGAUGAGAGGGUUUGAGGUAACGACUCAAGGGGUAAGGUUCCAUACGCUGCCUGCUCGCUUUACAUCUAUAGUUUCUACACGUCUAUGUUUCUCUUCAUUUCAACUGGAAGAGGGUGAUUUUGUGGGCUCCAUCUCCAACCUACAUGACCUAUUUUAGUUGCCUGUAAAGCCACUAGCUUGGUGUGUGCAUGACCGGCGGUGCAUGUCGAAGUAUAAACUGCAGUCGUGAACUUACCGUUGGUUAGCGAUGUUGUUAAACUGUGUCAGACAUUCAAUCAACAUGUCCAACAGCGACUCUUUAGCCAUUCGUCUUAUCCAUCGUGUGAAAAAAGUGCUACUCCUGGUGAUUAUCCUUGGUUGCUGUGGUCAGGAUGGGGCUGAUGAUGGUCCCCGGGUGAUCUUCCCUGAGCCAAAUACGUAUAAGUCUGCAACACAGUAUGAGUGGUUGUUUGAUACUGACACACCACAAGAUGAAUUCUACUUCAAUAGUUUCUACUACCCUGCUGUCUACCCGGCUUCACUCGAAAUCCAGUAUUUUUUUGAAGCGGGAGAGAACGAGGUAGUUGAGGUAACCUUCAAUGCUGAUUUCGAGAUUGAGUAUCAUGAUGAGUGUGUGUACGACUACCUUGAGGUUCGAGAUGGAAGGUACGGCUUCUCGCCAUUAAUUGGCAAAUAUUGCGGGGACAAAGCACCCAUUAAUUUCACCACCACCAGCCGCUACCUCUGGAUUUUGUUCGUAGCUGAUGAAGACCUGGAGUAUACUGGAUUUGAGGCAUAUUUUCGAUUCAUCCCAGCUCCACCAACCGAGACACCUCGACCUGAAGAAUGUUUCUUCCAUAUUGCUAAUUUGUAUGAUGGAGCGUUUUCAGUCAAGGAAGCUAGAGAUCUUAUUCGUCACACAGAUCCACAUGCUCCAAUAGACUGCACAUGGCAGAUAGAUGUGGAAGAUGUGUCAAAGAUAUUGAUAAAAUUUGAUAAAUUCGAACUAAACAACAAAAAUGAAUGUAUGAAAAACCGCAUCAUGAUUUAUGACAUGUAUAGUGCCGAAGAGUGGUUGAUAGGCGAGUAUUGCAGUACAACAGCGCCCGCAGCAAUGACAAUCAGCAAUCGUAUGUUCGUUCGUUUUGUGGCAUCCAACCAAAGUUCAUACAACAAUGUGAACAUGAUGUUUACAGCAUAUACAGACAGACCUUGUGAUGAAAACAUUGUAUUCCCAUGUGGACCAUACAUGUGUUUAAACAAGUCUCUUGUAUGCAAUGGCAGAGAGAACUGCUGGAGUUAUGGUUUUGAUGAAGAAGCUUCAAUGUGUGAAGUUAAAGACCAGACUGGCUGGAUGGAUGGUAAAGUUGAUAUAGUGUUGGCUGUUACCAUGGGAAUUAUUGUAUCUGUAACCGUCAUAACAACCUGUGUAACAUGCAGACAUUCAUGUCUAAGGACAAGAGAGAAAGCUAAGACAAUGGCAUCUAAGAGGAGAAUGAUGAACCAGCAGGUGCAGCUCAUGAUGGAUAAAGAGAACCAAGAGUCUCAUGAAAUGAACUCACUAGGGGACAAAUAUAACACACAGUACAGUCAGUUUCCAUCUACACGCACAAACAACAAUACUGGGGGGCCAGGGGUUUCCACCUCUAGCCAUGACUUUCCAAUGACUAAUAACCAGAUGAAGGAAUAUGAGAAAAUCAUGGACAGUGAGCUAGGAUUUGAACCCCGGCAGCAGAGACCUUAUGUGGAUCCUGAUUCCCCUUGGGUACGUGCUAACCAGUACAACGAGUCAUUCAGGAGAAGUGCUGCACAGCCUCUUCAUCCAAAUAAAGAAAUCCAAAUUCACUUUUGACAGUGGCUCCUGGACUCAUGCUAAUGUUUUUACGAUGUCUGUCUUGCAUGGAACAAGAAUGAAUGAGCCCAACACACCAGUGGCUGGUAUAAUAACGUUUUGGUGCAUGCAUCAUUCCAACAUGGUGCUCAAAGACUGUGAAAGGAUGGUUAAAUUAAGCAAUGACCUUGGGUUAGCUAUUAUUAAAGAUCAGAGAGAUUGAAUGAUAAAUAUAAACUUCCAAAGAACAAUGCUGUAUCCAAAUUUAUUAUGUAAGAUGGGAAGUAGAAAUGAUCUUUAUAAGUGACUUAAUUUCUCAUCUGCAUUCCAUGGAGUAGAUUUGUGGGGUGGAAUUACUGGAGAACAAGACAUUUGCUCAUUACCUCAGCCAGAGUAAAUGACUUGGGCUUGUUCUUGGUUAAAGGAGCAUUACAGAUAUUGUAAGAAAAAAAUCGUCUAAGAUCACAGAUUAACAUAAAACUUACUCGGUCUAAUGUUGAUGAC